GAGCGCGGCGGCGCGGGGCCGAGCCCCGCUGAGAUAAGCGGCCAUGUGACCCUACCUGGCGCGGGGGAGGGGCCGCAGGUGAGCGGCGCGGCGCGGAGCUCGGCGCGCGGCGGCCGCGCGGCUCGGCAGCAUGUCGGUCAGCAGGAAGGACUGGUCCGCGCUGUCCAGUCUGGCCCGACAGCGCACUUUGGAGGACGAGGAGGAGCAGGAGCGUGAACGCCGGAGGAGGCACCGCAACCUGAGUUUAACCACAGACGAUGACUCUCCAAAACUCACCCAGAAUGGCGCUCAGAGACCUGUGGAGAGGCUGCCCAGUGUGGAAGAAACAGAGGUCCCCAAGCCAUCACCCCCAGCCUCCAAAGAUGAAGAUGAAGACUUCCAGGCCAUCCUUAGGACGAGGAAGGAGCGGAGACAGAGGCGGCAGGUGGUAGAGGCUGUUCAGGCUCCGGUGCAGGAUGGGCUUCAGGCAGAGGAGGACAGAGACAGUCCAGGCCCUGAGCAGACCUUGACACAGCCCUUUAAGAAGAAAGUGGAACCCCUGCCUCGCCGGAGACUGAGUCGGGAGCAGCGAGGCCCUUGGGCCCAGGAAGAAGAGCACGGAAGGGGCAGAGAGCUUAGGGGAGGGGAAAAGGAGCUUCCAGAGGAGGCUCAGGAGAAGUCCUUGGUCUCUGAGAAACCAUCUGUCCCAGAGAAGGCUCCAAUGCCUGCCAAGAGACUGGUUUCAGAGAAAGCCUGCCCCUCUGAGAAGAGAACAGCCACAGAGAAAACAUCCUCGACUGAGAAGAGACACAGCCCAGAGAAGUUGGUUUCAGAAAGAAUGAGUGUGUCAGAGAGGUCACCGGUGCCUGAGAAGACACUUGUGUCUCUGAAGACGGCAGUACCAGAGAAAAGGUCCACUCCGGUUCUAGAAAAAGCCAUUGUCUCUGAGAAGAUGCAGGAGAGAAGGCUGGUGUCCGAAAAGGCAUCCAUCUUCGAGAAGUCACUAGUCUCAGAGACAAAGCUGAUUACAAAUAAGUCAGUGUCAGAGCGGCCCCAGGCCCCUGGAGGAAGCCAGGCCAUCACAAUGGAGCCCAGAGGAAGGGCCGUGCCUGGGAAGAGCCAGCCAUCCUCUGCUGAGCAGGGCACACCAGACCCUCCUACUAAGGCUUCUCGAUUCCCACCCAUCACACUCCAGGUGAAAAUUCCCAGCAAGGAUGAAGAGGCAGACACACCGUCACCUACUCUGCUCACCUACAGCAGCUCCCUCAAACGCUCCAGCCCCAGGACCAUCUCCUUUCGGAUGAGCCCCAGGAAAGACAACUCAGAAACAACCUUAACCCGAAGUGCCAGUGUGAGGCUGCCGGCUAGCACGGUCAAGCUGGGAGAGAAACUGGAGAGAUACCACACAGCCAUCCAGAGGUCAGAAUCUGUCAGGUCUCCAGGCUCGUCCCGCACUGAGGUCCUUGUGACUCCUGCCGGUGUAGCCAGCAAGCGCAACCUCUUUGAGAAGGAGCUGGUAGGCCAGAACCGUACAGACCAAACCUCCAUCCGAAAGGAGAAUCUACGUUUGUCAGGAGUUGUGACAUCAAGACUUAACCUGUGGAUCAGCAAGACACAGGAUUUUGGAGACCAAGGCCCUCAGGAGGUGCGGAGAGAAGCAGCAGUCACCAAGAGGGCUCAGUGGGGAAACAAGUCAAACACACCCCUGGAUGCAGAGGUGUGACAAGCCCUGUCAGGAAAAACUGCAAACCCACAUCCCGAGGGCCCUUCUUCACGUUGGCUCCUGCCCUGCGGUACCCCUGACUCUUACAGUCCCCGAUCCCUUUCUGCAUCUGGGUCAGGGAUCUUGGAGGCCAGGAACAUGAACAACAGCCCUCCAGCCCCUUUCCAGCCCAGCCGGGAAGCAGAUGUGGUCUGGCACUUUCUUGUCCUGCUGCAGGCACAGCAUACCCUGAACCCAGAAGAGCACACCAGCCAUUGGCAUUUCCAUGUCCUCUCUAGAGACUGUCCCUACCUCCUGCUCACUUCCAGCUGGGUUAGUUUUUGCCAGCUCCAGAGUUACCUGUCUCGCCUGCUCUCAGCAAGUACUCUGUGUGCCUGUGGUGGCCCCACACUAGUCCUGGACCCAUUCACUGCUCCCUGAGGCUCUUUCAGGCCAGACUGGAAAGGAGUCUCUAGGCAUUGCCCAAGGGCUGCAUCUUCCUGCUUUGUGCUCUGUUCCCUGCCACCCCCACUGCCCUGAUCGGGAACUCGGUGCCUUUUUGUUACCACAUGCCUUACUCUCUCUCAGAAAGCCCUUUUCUCAGGAAGGAUCUGAUAAAGUCAUUCACUCUCA